GCCUUGGGUCUAUAAAGAUGAUGGAGACUCUCGCUCGACAUCGGUGCAUUCUCACAGCAGUUUUGGCGUUUGUUAUUCACCCGCGCGGCACAAACAUCCUCGGUCCUGUUUGAACAUAUAACAUCGCUUCGUGCAUUUUGUAUAUCCUUUCACUCGUCUCAUCCUUUUAUCUUUACCACUAUCACCAUGCCUCAGUGUCUUCCAAAGGACGACCCGAACAGGGUCUGGCCGUUUUGCCCUUCGGUCGUUCCGUCGGCCCUCUUCGCCGUGCUCUUCGGUAUCCUCACUGUCGCCCAUUUCGUCCAAGCCAUCGUGCACCGCAAGAUGUAUUGCUGGGUCAUCGUGGUGGCUUCGCUGUGGCAAACCGCUACCUACGCGCUGCGCGAAUACUCGGUGUACAACCAGAAGAACGUGGGCGUAUACUCUCUGUGGUUCGUCAUGAUCCUCGUCGGGCCCUUGUGGAUCAACGCCUUCGUGUACAUGGUCGUCGCACGUCUGGUGUGGUGCUUCAUGCCCAACAAGAGACUGGGCGGCGUCAGAGCUUGGAGAUUCGGCACCAUCUUCGUGCUCCUCGACAUCCUUGCCUUCCUGGUCCAAGUGGCAGGUGCCUCCAUGGCUUCAGGAAACAACCUCACCUACGACCAGAUCAUGCGCGGCCUGCACAUCUAUAUGGGUGGGGUGGGCCUGCAGCAGUUCUUUAUCCUCGCCUUCACAGGCCUCCUGAUCCGUUUCCAGCUGCGCUACAAGCGCGAGAACCCGCAUCCGACAUCCGCGGCGCCGAUGCGCUUGCUGUACGUCCUGUACGCCGUGCUCACCCUCAUCACCGUGCGUAUCAUCUUCCGGCUGGUCGAGUACUCGUCCGGCUACGAGUCCGGCAUCCCAACACACGAGGCUUACACCUUCGUGCUCGAGAGCUUGCCCAUGUUUGUGGCCGUGCUGCUGCUGAACCUUGUGCACCCAGGUCGUGUCAUGCCGGGAAAGGAGAACAACAUUCCUUCCAAGAAGGUGCGAAAGCAGAUGGUCGAGGAGGGGCUGCUGCCAGGGAGAAGGGGUAAGGGAUCCAGGAAAUCGUUGAGAGGCUCAUCUUCGGAUACGGAGUUGGCCUGGUCGCAGACUCGUCCCAUGCCAAGUGCUUCGCAUCAUGUGCCUGAGUCCGGAGUUGUGGACAGCUAUGAGAGCUACAGACAUGCCUAGAACAAACAAAGAGACUCAAUUUGGUGCAAUGUAUGCAAAUAGCAUGAGCGAUGGCGUUUAGGAAGAAAUUGAGAAAUAGGUUUUAUGGGUCAAAAAUUCACAGCACAGAUGGGAAAUCGUGUAUUUUCUCUUCGGUUCGUGGAACACGGAGAAUGAAAACUGCGAUUAGCCGUAACGUAAUCUGAAUGUCUUGACUUUCGUAUU